AUGGCCAAACAAUUUGAUCUGAUCAUCAAGAACGGAGCUGUGGUGACGUCCGACGGUGUUGGGCGGUACGAAAUCGGUAUCAAAGAUGGGAAGAUAAGGCAAUUAUCUCCUAGUAUAGACUCAGAACUGGCGAAGGAGGUUAUCGAUGCGGAAGGAGGGUAUGUGAUGCCCGGUGGAGUCGAUGCCCAUGUUCAUAUCGCACAAGACUUUACCAGCGGACCGAAAGGCGUGAUGGGCAAAUGCGCGGAUGACUUCCUCACCGGGUCUCGGUCGGCGGUGUGCGGCGGGACUACCACGAUCAUCGCUUUUGCUCAGCACAAUCGAAGCGACGAGUCAUUGUUGAAGGUAGUGCAGGACUAUCAUGCAUUGUCCGAAAAAAGCGGAGCGUAUUGUGAUUACGGAUUUCAUGUGAUUAUCACUCGCCCGGACGUACAGAUGUUGGAAAAGGAGCUCCCAAAGUUGAUCGAGGACUGGGGAAUCACAUCGUGCAAGCUGUUUAUGACUUACUCGUCAAUGCAGCUGAGCGAUAAUCAGCUGUUAGAUGUUAUGUAUGAGACUCGCAAGCUUUUCAUGACAACAAUGAUCCAUGCUGAAAAUGGGGAUCUCAUAUCUUGGCUGACAAAUAAAUUGGAGCAAAGAGGGCUGGUGGAACCCUUCUACCACGCAAUAUCAAGACCGCCAGUGGUAGAGAUGGAAGCUACCCAGAGGGCCAUCGUCCUGGCCGAGAUGAUACAAAAUCCUGUCCUUUUCGUACAUGUCGGUUCAGCGUCUGCAGCCCAAAUCAUACGCGACGCCCAAACUCGAGGAUUCCCAAUCUAUGCCGAGACUUGUCCUCAAUACCUGCACCUGACAUGGGAUGAUCUGAAACGAUUCCAUUCACCCCAAUGUUUUGAGAAUUCAAAAAUGAUUUGUUCGCCUCCGCCUGGGCCAGAUGACUCUGAUCAAGAAGCUUUAUGGACUGGACUCCGCAACGGAACCUUUACCAUUUAUUCUAGUGACCACUGUCCAUUCCGAUACAACGACAUACACGGCAAAGCCCUUGGGGUGUUGCAGCAUGAGCAGAGUUUGGGGUUUGUCAGAUGUCCUGUGGAUCAAGAGCACCUGUCGGAAAUCUUAGACGACAAGACAGGUCACUUCAAGUACGUGCCGAACGGCUGUCCAGGAGUGGAAACGCGUCUGCCUUUGCUUUUCGAAUACGGUCUGAAAACUGGGCGUGUAAGUCCCGAACGGUAUGUGGAUCUGGUCUCAACCGCGCCAGCCAAGUUGUAUGGUCUGUACCCGAUUAAAGGCGCCCUGAUCCCUGGUAUUUCCGAUGCGGAUCUCGUAAUAUGGUAUCCCAACGACGCUCUGCCAUCCUUUAAGCUCACGAAUGCCAACCUUCAUCAUAACGUUGACUAUACCCCUUAUGAAGGGAUGGAAUUUGGGAACUGGCCGCGAUACACCAUUGUGAGAGGCCAAAUCGUGUGGGCCGAAGGGCAGCUCCGAGCGUCUGCGAGUGUUGGAGAAUAUCUUAAGAGAGGGACUAAUCAGCUUGCAACGAGACCGACGAAGUCUAUAGCUUCUGACAAGCGCAGGGUCGCUACCUGGUUGUACAAGGCAUGA